AUGACAGAAAGUUACAGUGAAUUAAUAGUCAGCACAACCUUGGGUCCCGUUAAGGGCCGCCAAUGUGAGGGCGUUUACGGUCAUGUGUUCUAUAGCUUCGAGAAAAUUCCCUUUGCUGAAGUUCCCGUUGGUGAGUUGCGCUUCCGUCCGCCACAGCCCAAGGAGACAUGGUCGGAUGUGCUGGAUUGCACUCGGCCAGCGAUAAAGCCACUACAGAAAAACAUACUGACUAAUCAGUUUGAGGGAAGCGAAGAUUGUUUAUAUUUGAAUAUUUAUGCCAAACAGCUAAAAUCAGAGAAACCAUUGCCGGUCAUUGUAUUUCUCUUUGGUGGUGCCUUUGAAAAGGGUGAUCCAACAGUUGACUUACAUGGUCCAGAUUAUUUUAUGAUGAAAGAUGUUAUUUUUGUUACCAUUGGUUAUCGUCUGGGACCAUUUGGUUUCAUGCAAUUCCAAGAUCCCGAAUUGAAAGCACCCGGCAAUAAUGGCUUCAAAGAUCAACUGCUAGCUCUGCGUUGGAUUAAAGAAAAUAUUUCCAAAUUUAAUGGUGAUUCCGAUAACAUAACUCUUAGUGGUGAAAGUGCUGGGGCUGCAGCAGCCCACUACCUCAUGUGUUGUCCGCUGGCCAAGGGACUGUUUCACAAAGCCAUCUUAAUGUCCGGAAAUAUACUCUGUCCGUGGGCAUAUUUGCAUUUAGAAAAUGUUCCAUAUCGUUUGGCCAAAGCCUGCGGAUAUGAAGGACCCGCAGACAAUGAAAAACUUAUUUUCCAGUACUUACAACAACAACCCGGCGAAAAUUUACUUAAACAUUAUGUAAAUACGAAAGAAGAAAAUCUCAACGACUAUCUAUUUACGUUUGGACCCAGCAUAGAACCGUAUGACAGUGAUAUGUGUAUCAUAAGUAAACAUCCGGAGGAAAUGUUGGGUGAAUCGUGGGGUAAUCAUAUACCAGUACUAAUGAGCGGUACAUCAUGUGAGGGCCUACUUAUGUUUCCCCGAGUACAUUUGGCACAAUUUUUGGUCACCGAAUUGGAAGAUAAUCCACAACAUUGCCUACCAGUAUCGUUGAAAUCAAAAUAUCCUGCCGAUUUGCAAAGGAUAUUGGGUGCGAAAAUUAAGUCAACACAUUUUGGCGAUAAGAAAGCAUCAAUGGAGAAUGUUAUGCGUUAUUGUGAGUAUGCAUCAUACAAAAUCAUUUGGCAUCCCAUUUUACGCUUUAUAAAGAAGGCACGCACAACAGCGGCACCCACCUACCUGUAUCGCUUUGAUUUCGAUUCACCCGAUUUCAAUCAUCAACGCAUCAAAUACUGUGGCAAACAGAUGCGUGGUGUCGCACAUGUCGACGAUCAUUCGUACUUGUUCUAUGGCAAUUUCUCGUGGAAACUAUCCCCGGAGACCGAUGAAUACAAAACCAUUGAACGUAUGGUUGACAUUUGGUACUCAUUUGCUCUGCAAUCAAAUCCCAAUGGCUGUCGCAUUGAAAAGGAGCUGUUGAAUGGUUCUUGGCUGCCGGUAAAUCAAGCGACAAGUGCUGGCAAUCUCAAAUGUUUAAAUAUUAAUCGAGACUUGGCAAUAAUUGAUUUGCCCGAAAUGAAAAAACUGGAAGUGUGGGAGAGCAUCUACGACGCGGCUAAAUAA